CACAGCCAAGACAUCUUCGGGCAGGCAUGGGCGGUUGAUGACGCACCAAGGUGGCAGGAGGUAUAGUGAUGCCGAGGCUACCUUGCUGCCGAGAUCCCCUAUGGGCCGCCGGACGUAGAUAGCAGCCCUGUUCCAAGGGUUUGGACAGGCACGGGAAGUUUGAUGACACACCGAGGUGGCAGGAGGUAUAAUGAUGCCGAGGCCCCUUGCUGUCAAGAUCCUCUUUGAUGUUCGUCUAAACCCUUUCGAAGAAUCUUUGGCUCCCUUUUCGAGUCCAACUUCAGAGAAAAAUCAGCUUCCAGACACAAUACCUCUAGUAUCAACAGAACAAGACAACCAAUCCUGCACCCCGAUGAAAAAAGUCGACUUUUCUGAAACUGCAUCAACAGUUCAUCGCAGCCCCUCUUUCGAAGGAGCUAAUGAAGCCAAGGACAUCUGGAAUUUUGACGACAGCCCAUCAGAUAGCAGCCCUGUUCCACGGGUUUGGUCGGGCAUGAGGAGAUUGAUGACGCACCGAGGCGGCAGGAGGUAUAUUGAUGCCGAGGCCCCUUGCUGUCGAGAUCCCCCUGAUGUUCGUCCAAACCCUUUCGUGUCAGCAGAACAAGACGACCAAUCCUUCACCCCGAUGAAGGCAGUCGACUUUUCCGAAACUGCAUCUACCAUUCAUCGCAGCUCCUCUUUGUUAGGAGCCAAUGAACCCAAAGAUAUCUGGAAUUUUGACGACAGCCCAACAGAGAGCAGCCCGAUUCCAGAAACAUCCAAGGAGAUGCCAACCAUACCGUCGGAUCAUUCGCCUUCUGACGAGCUUUACGACUUCAUUCCUAAGAAGGCUACUGCACAAACGCAAGCCCCUGCCAACCCCAACAGCAGCUAGCUAGUCGUUGACGAUAAUAUCAAGAGCUCUUCGCCCAAAACUACGAUCAAAGGGAAGAGGCAACGACCAAGCCCGUCACAAUGUAGCCUCACGAUGGCCUCUCGCUUGACUAGUUCCACGAGUGGUACAACAACGAACACGGCCCAACGCGACUGUGCCUCCCGCAAAUCUUCAGCAACGGCCUCCGCU